AAGGGGCACGUCAGCCUUGUGAUUGCGGAUGACGAGACGGUGCGCUCACUUAACGCCGAGUAUCGUGGGCUUGAUAAGACGACAGACGUGGGGGAAUACUACGGCGAGGGGGAUGCGCCAACGGAAUGGUCGGCAGACGAUGGCUUUGUACUGCCACCGGGCGAGUCCGCCGGACUCGGCGAGGUGAUAGUGUCGUACCCCCAGGCAGUGAGGCAAGCGCAGCAGGCAGGACAUUCCAUCGAACGCGAACUUGCUCACCUGAUUACGCACGGGAUACUGCAUCUGAUGGGGCAUGACCACAUGGAUGAUGACGAAGAGCGCGAGAUGAACGCCAGGGAACGCAGCGUUGCGGAGCGGUUGGCGUUGUAG